AUGGUUGUUACAAAUGAAGAAAUAAGGGGAGGUUUUCAAGGAGAGGAGGAUCUUGAAAAUUUGGUUGACAAGGUAAAGAAAGAGAAUGAUGAGGGAAAUUACAAAAAAGUAGUGGAAGCAAUACAAGAUUUAUUCCAAUAAGAAGGACAAUCAAAAUAAAAAUAUUUUGCAAUGAAAGUAAUAUCUUUAAUCAAAGAAUUAAGCUAAUGAUGUUAUUAAGUAAGAAAUAACUAUUCAUCAACAGUUUCAUUAAGGCUAAGAAUCUCUUUGAUAUUUUCGGGGAACUUGCAUUGUGUGACUAUCAAAAACCUUAUGAGUUGAGAGGAUUCAAAAUAUUCGGGGCGAAGGAGGGUAAUAUUAAUUGAUUCAAAUCGUAGAUCAAUUCUAUUGUUAGGGUUUCUAUGACCUAUUGAUGGAAUGCAUUUCAUAUUGGGGUACGAAGUACGCUGCCGAUUAGAAGGGGAAUCCUACGAUAUUUGGUAGGCUUUUUGAAAAGCUAAUCAACUAGGGAGUGAAACCGAAGGUCGACUUGCAACACUUUGAAUUAACAAAAGAGCAAAUAGAGAAAUUAAAAAGUUUUAGUGUGCCAACUGAAUAAUAAAAAUUAAAAAACAAUAUGAAUGAUUAUAGUUUAGAGGAUUUGAAAAAGAUGUAUCAAGAGAUGUUCAGUCAAACAAAUGACUUGGUUGAGAGUUUAGAAUAAAAUUUGAAGGGAGAAGAUCAAGCAACUGAGAUUAUGGAUUAAUGUAAAAUUGUUAAUUUAUUUCUAGUGAUGGAAAACGCCUGUAAUGAUGCAGAGAAAAUAAAGCCGAAUCUGGAAUUGUUGCAUGCUCGCCAAAACGAAUUGGGAGAAGGCUAAAGAAAACAAAUUGGUUACAGAUUCAAAAUCAUUACUACUUUGAUAGAAGCUCAUAAAGCGAUGCGGGCAGAGGGUUUUACGAAUGAAAGCUAUUAGAUUUUCCGCUAUGAUGUCUUAUAAGCAACAAGAGAAAUCACAGGAUCUGAAAAACCAAAACCUCCAGCAAAUUAUGGAAAGCCUCCCCAAUAAUAACCCAUUCCCUAACCAGAUAUCAAAGUCCAACCAUAAUAAGUUCAAAAACCGCCCCAAUAGCCAGAGAAAAGAUAGGCUCAGCAACCAUAACCAUACUAAAGUAAAUAUCCCCCUGAGAAAGAACAAGAUAUUUAAAAAACAAUCAAGCAGUCUGUUCCUUACAAUCCUUAAAAUCAACCGAAUUAUCAACCCUAAACAUAUGCUAGAAAUCCACAGCCAUAACAAUAAUAAUAUCAAUAACCUAAGUAAUAGAACCAACCCUAUUAUCAACCGAGUCAGCCUUAUUAGCAGCCAGAAAAGCGUGUGCAAUAGCCUCCUCCUUUUAAGAAAUUGCCAAUAGCUAGAUCAUAUGAUUAUCAUUAAAGUCCAAAUAAGGAUUAAAAUUUUGAAGAUAAUUAUGACAAUAAAAGUUAGAGCUCCUAGUAAACAGGAAAGGAGUUCUAUAUGAAAGGACAGCUUGGAUUAGAGUAAUAGGUUUAUGAGGGCCAAUUUAUUCCUUAUGAUGAUAGAAAUUUCACUAUUUUUGAAGAGAUCUAUAACACCGAUAGUGGGAUAAGUAGAAUAAAAAGAGCGAAUUUGAAGAGCAGAUAUUCAAUAUUUGAAUCUCUUGAAAUUCAAAUUGGAUUCGAUUCAAAUUUGAUUUAUCAUGAAAUAACGAAUCGUUAUUAUUUACGAAUUCGUUUGUGCUUUGGAAAUAAAACAUAAUAGAUCUUACAGAAUUUCCAAUACUAAUUUGAAGGAGACACUUGUAUGGGUCUAUGGACAUAGGAUCCAAUUCAUUAACAUAGUCCAAUAAUAUAAACGGAUUAGUUAGGAAGAUUGGUAUUGAAUCCAAAACAAUAGAUGUACAUUCCAAUAUGCCUUAAUUAUAACCGUGUACCUUACUAAGUAAUUUCAGGACGAUUUAGUUACGAAAUAGCUAAUGAUGAAGAGGGAAGAACAUCUCAUUUCAUCCUUCCUUGUUUAUUAACAAAAUUCAUGAGUUUUAGAGACACCACUAAAGAUUCAUUUCUGGCCAGAUGGGAGUAUAAAUCGAAAAGCAUUUUAAAGUCAGAAUAAGUACAAUUAAAUUCAAGGAUUGUUAAUUCUAGAAAUGACAUUUUCAAACAUUUUGGAACAAAUAACAUCUUGAUUUUGCAUGACGAAGAAGAUUUACUUACGAGUGAUGCUAAUUAGAUGUUAAAAAAGACUGAAAUGGUGGGCAGUGAAUUUGGGUUGGUAUUUACCUUAAGUAGUCCAUAAAUAGAAUUUUUACUGAAAAUAAUUUUAUUCCCAAAUCAAACUGUAUUGUUUCAGAUAAUACCUUACUCAUCUUACUAAACACAAGCAGAGGCAAUUUUACACACACUUGUGUUUUUAUUUUGCAAGCCAGAUUGA